CAUUAUUUGGGUUCGUCAGCGUAUAACAGUUUAGGUUGUACUAAUAUGCCACCCAGCAGUCCAACAUAAGCCGCUAAGCAGACGUAAAGUUUCUGCUAAAUGCUGAAAACUUUUCGUUUCUCACCGACGUGCAAUGUCUUAACUAACGUGUCGAAGGAAAACAAUAUUUCGAAUUUUACUGGGUGAUUCAGGUUUGGUCAUUUAUGGGUUCACUUGAUACGCAAGGUUCGGAGUGAGUUCCGGGAAGGAACUGGUGUCGAAUGAAAUACAUGCUCUGUGUUGGGUUAAACCAGUUCCUUCAUUAUUUUCGUCCUAACGUUUUUGAAGAUUUCUUUUCCGAGUCACCAAAUCUUCUAAAAAAAAUUUUGUCAGAUUUCCUAACUUAGUCGUCGAAAUUAAACGCAAUCAUUCUUUUCUAAGAUAAUUACCACAACAAACAACCGUUUUAGAUCUAAGCAACCAUGUGUGUAACACUACCCAAGAAGAAGUCACAACAUCUUCAUCCAACAUGUCACAUCGGAGUGAUUCCAGGUUUACCGAGCCGUGUCUUCCAAAACCGCGAACCAGUCGGGAGCGGCCGCAUUUUCCGAAGCCCCUGAUUACAGUCCAAGGGAUUCCGAGAUCGUCAAUGAAUCCGGGUGAUGUGGCCAGUCUACACCAGCGAACGUACAACCUCAAGCCGGAGUGGUUUGAGGGUUUCCAACUGAACGCCUCCAAGACGUUGGCCGUCAAUCGAAUCGUGCGAGCCAGCUGGAAUCUCAGCCAUAUAACCCCGACGGGUUUUCGCAUCGGAGCACAGUUGCAGCGUAAGUGCAGUGACACAGUGCUGAAAACGCCACUGCUGGCGUUCGAUGUCAAUCCCUGCACGUUAGCUUCGAAUCUGUUUCUCUUGUACCGUCCGGUGUCUUCACUGUGCGCCGAGAUAAGCGUUCAGAUGAUGCCACAGGCACAAACGGUGAUAGACAGACUUUCACUUCAGCACACGGGUAGCAGCUCCACUACAACACUGAGGUGCUACAACCCAACACAGGACUCCUGCCGGAUGACACUAGAUCACUUGAUGAGCUACAACAAAAGGCUGGCCUUCGGGGCGGAAUUGUUGUACGAGUGGUACCGGGAUACCACCAACACACAGAUUGCCUUGGCCGCCAGAUACAACCGGGACAAGUACUCCUUCGCAGCGACCUGUUCGAGGGAAGCAUUCGAUCUGACCUACUGGCGUAAGAUCAAUAGCAGACUGCAAAUCGGGUCCUCGUUGGCGUGCAACCAUCGCGAAGGUAAAGCCAUCGGAACCAUCUACUAUCAGGUGGAACGUCCUGACUGUACGGUCAAGGGCUUGUUCGAUUCGGACUGGUCCGUUGGAUACACCUAUCAAAGAAAAAUCUUUCAGAUGCCAGUGAGUACAGGAAUAAGCUUAUUAUUCUGUAUACCGAAGAACACAUUCCAGUGCGGGUUCAAAAUUGAUUUGGAUUCGAAUUUGCAAUGAUCCACACGACUAGUCGAUGCAUGCAUGGUGUGAGAGUGUUUUGGAAACGGAAUGAACCGAUAACUUGGACUAAGCAUCGAAAAAUUAUUAUGAAUCAAAAAUAAACGACCAAAAAAUAAGCCUCUUUACUUCAAACUUUAGUAGAAAAGAUAUGUUGAAAAAAGAGGUCAAGUUUCGCAUCGGAAUGUGGCUUGACUUUGCUUUGCUUUCUUUAACAAUAGAAAUGUCAACACCAUAAUGACUUUAUGUGUCUAGGGCGGCUGCAUGAUGCUGACACCUAUAAAUGUUUUAGUAUAAUUGCUCAAUGUUACAUGUCCGGUACUUAGCUCAAUUACGAGCCUUAUUACCGUUCAUACUUCACUUACAUAUCACUUCACUUGAUUUUACCUAUUACCAGUAUCACGCACCGUGUAGCGAUAACUACAGGCCCGUAUUACGGGUAUCAUUACACGGAGAAAACCAAGUGAAGUGAAUGUAGGUUUUUAUCACGAAA